AUGCUGAUGACAAGCAGCAGCACGACGACCUCGUAUCCUUCACCCUUCAAUGCCUAACUCAUUUAAUGUCUCCUUGUACCUACCCGUAGGCAGCCCUAAAAGCGGUCUCUCUUGUAUCAAGACAUGCGUCCGGAUUAUUUCGCCUCAUAAACGCCUAACGCUCAGCUGGACUUGGCAAGGCGGGAUACAGUAUACUAUAAAAGCGCCUAUGCAGUAUGUCCACCUUGUUAUCAAGGGCUAUAUCGGUCUCAAAGUGAAAACCCUUUCCAAGACGAACCAUUCGAUAGCGUGGCAAGAAUUGUAUACGGCAUCUGCAAGAAACCUGCUCAAUGAGCGAUACUUAUACCACCUUCGCCAAACGAAAACCAGGUGACCAACCGCGCAGCUUUGCCAAGCCUAGAAGCAGAACCCACGAGCUAUCCAAGCUAUGCGCGAACUGCCAAGCCAUCUUUCAGGGUCACCUCAAGUUCAGCCGUGGGAGAAAGAGUGACGAUGGAGCAACGGCAUACAGCCUUUAUGGAGAGGGCCGUGCUGAUGGGAGCUUGGAUUGUCACCUCUGCUUUUUACGGCUACGGGUCUUGGCCGAAACCGGAGUCGAAUCGCUCGAAGGCUUGACGACGAGAUAUCGCAUCGAGUCGGGCAAAGAGAGCGGCGACUUUUUCGCGCUUGUGUUCUCGUACAGUUUUGUCCCCUCAUCCGAGGAGUUACUGGACUCGUCUAAGGAUGCCUUCAGCGACAUGUUCAGCCUUUCGCCUGUUUUCGACGAGACCGCCGCGGAAACGCUAAAAAGUCUCGUACCUCCUGAGCGUAGUGGAUUUCAUAACGUAACUCUCAGUGCAAAGAAUCUCAGUUUCAGACACUUCCCUCCUUAUAACAUUGAAACAGAAGAUAAAGUGGUCACAUUCCAUCGAAGGCAAGACAUCGUCGACCGUGGGCUUUGGACGAGUUACAGGUCUACAAUUCAGACCGAGACAGGCAAUGCAUCUAGCACGUUUAACACGAAUUCCCCGUCAACGUGGGCUAUUGCCAAGCUUUGGAUUAAGAACUGUAUUGACUACCAUGAACGGUGCGAGAUGACUAGAGGUACACUUACACGCCUUCCAACCCGCCUAGUGUAUGUAGGAAACGAUGCAACAACUCACCCUUGUCUUGUUGAUGGGUCUCAUCUGGCGGCAUCUACCCCCUACGUGACAUUGUCACAUCGAUGGGGGAAUCAAAGGUUCAUGACACUAAAUACCAGAACGAAAGACAUAUUCUAUAGGUCCGUUCCAGCAGCUGCUCUGACGCCUACCUUCAAGGACGCAAUUGAGGCAACGUUGCGUCUGGGUUACCACUAUAUCUGGAUAGAUAGCCUCUGUAUCGAGCAGGAUUCCGCAGAUGACUGGGCCGCGGAGUCGCAGCGAAUGGGAGAGUACUAUUCCAACUCCGUCUGCAACUUAGCAGCUUCAAAGGCAUCCGACGAUGGGAGCGGCUGCUUCGUGAACCGAAACCCUCUCGCAGCCCAGCCGUGCCUCGUCCGGGAAACGUGGACCAACACAUCUCCGCAACUCACUUUUCACAUACACGACUCUACGUAUCAGUUCGCUCGUACCGUCCACGGCUGCGAGCUCGGUAACCGCGGAUGGGUCAUCCAAGAAACAAUGCUAGCGCCGCGCACUCUCUACUUCGGAUACGACCAGGUAUUCUGGGACUGUCUCGGCCACCGCGCGUGCGAGGCGUAUCCCGCGCAAUGGAUCACCCAGUCCAGCCUCAACAAGAUCGGUCGAAUGCCGACCUACAUGUAUCCCAACAACAGCCACCUCGACAACAAACUGUCUGAUUUCCUGCGCUGGGAGACCCUCAUUGAGGACUACUCGGCGUGCUCGCUGACGUUCCCAGAAAAAGAUAAGCUCAUAGCGUUAUCUGGAAUUGCCAAGGCUUUCGGUGAUCCCGCUGACUAUCUCGCAGGCCUCUGGCGCGACAAUUUCUGCAUCUUACUCCUCUGGCAACCAGCUAAGGCAACGACACGGCACCAGAACUUCAUCGCCCCAUCCUGGUCGUGGGCAUCGAUGGACGGCAGCGUCGAGUUCGAUAAUAUAUGGGACGAUAAAAUGCUCGACAAUGAGGCCCGCUUCCACCGCGUCGGCUCGCGAUAUAGACUUGCUCUGUGGGGCUUGCGGAAGGAGGCUCGAGACGCAUUAGCCAAGAAGCGUCUCUUGCACGUCCGUAGCAUUACAAGCUCAUUUGUCACACUAGUCUCGGCCGAAAUGCAGCUUGCGGGGGACGACGCGACUGGCCGUUUAACGGGAGGUAGUCUCCGAGUCAAAGGGUUCCUCUUCGGUGUCGAAGACGUGCUUGCCUGCCGUGCGCAGAAAUGGCCCGAUUGGAAUCACUGCUAUGAUAUGAAUCUGCUUUGGGACGACACGUCAGACGCGAUGCAGGCCGAUGUGCGUGCGAACAGCAGUGCAUAUCGGAUGCUGCCCGUCCGCAUCCGCAGUAUUAAUACGCUGUCUGGCCUGAUCAUCCAGAAAACCAGCAAUAACCCGGGCGAGUACAGGCGUGUAGGGCUUUUUAACUUGAGAGAUAUCUUGGGUAAGCUUCCGUUGGAAUCAUUAGCGGUUGUGAAGAAAUACUUGAAACAUCGACCUCGUCCACUCGAGAAAAGCGAUUACUUGGAGAAAACGGGACGGACUAAAUAUGGCAUCGCAGAGUACGUUAUUUCUAUCAUCUAGUGUGCUUGAAAGGGGGAUUCAGGUGGUAUAGCACAGGGAGGCACUAAGAAAGCAGUGCAAGGUAGCAAUUGAUGCCCAACACACAGGGGCAGAACUUCUCGACUUUAUUGGCACUGAGACAUCAGGGUGGCGUCAGGAAUGAUAAGUCAAAUAGAUGCCUUGUGAAGCUAAAUCUAAUAAAUGA